ACUCAGUAGCUGUAGCCAUCGCAACUCAUAGCUCGUUUUCAAUUUCAAUUUCCAAAUCCGUCGAACCAGCGUCAGUUGCGUAUUUCAGUAAAUAGGCUGAGAAAGGUUGGUGCAAAAGCCAUGGUUCUUGACUCUCUUUUGUCUUCCCCCCAUAGGAGGUCACCAUCAUUCAGAAGGCAAUUACAAAGAGAUGAAUUGGGUAGUUGGUCAGCCCUUGUUCAGAGGCACCGCUUCCUUCUAACAGCUCUUGUUUUGCUGACUUUCCUAUGUACUGUUUAUCUUUACUUUGCUGUCACUUUGGGGGCUACGAGUACCUGCACUGGAUUGACUGGAGCUCAGAAAGCUUCAUGCCAAUUGAAGCAUGCAAAGAACUUCAUGGGUAAGGGUAAAUUAAAAAUUUUAUAAUAUUUUAUAGAGAGCUACAUCAUACCUACCUGUUGCUUGAAUUAGUGUUUUUAAGCUCUAGCACAAAAGAGAACGAAUGUAACCUAAACAGAGAAAAAGAGAAAGGAAAGAAAGAAGAAUAAACUUAGAAUUUGUGAUCACCUUCUUAUUGUUUUAUGUAGCUACUAGCUAGUAAUUUAUUCUUUGUUGUCUAUCACUAAUCCAAGUUGUACCAAAUUUAAAUCUGGAUCAUUUCAGUUCUUCAUUAACAGUCUAUCUCAACUUUGUAUAUUAUGAAAAU